GUAUACUGAUAAACUUUCAGAAUUUCCUCGCCUUUGGAUUAGUCGAGAAUCUCAGAGUGGAGAUGUUGAGGCCUUGCCCAUAUGUACGGUGUUUUCAUCGGUGCCUAGCAACAUCGAUUUCCUCAUCUUCUCAGGUUCAGGCGCCAUUGAACUUCCUCUCUGGGAAAAGAUGUGACCCUUCGGAAAACAUUGGGAACUUUGAUCUCAAAUAUCCAGCUACAGAUGAAACACUUCGCCAAGUUCCGUCGUCUGGUGAGAGAGACGUUAACGAAGCAGUCAGUCAGGCCAGGGAAGGCUUUAGGUCCUGGUCGAAGCUCUCUGGGUUUGAAAGGGGCAAUGUCCUGAAGAGGGCAGCAAAUAUCAUGAGGGAGCGGCUAGAGGAGCUUGCUCAGACAGAGGUGUUGGACACAGGGAAGCCGAUCUGGGAGGCGCGCUGUGAUGUCCAGGGCUGUGCCGACACCGUGGACUACUACGGAGGACUCGCUGCCAGGAUCUCGGGUGAAUUUCUGCCUCUGUCUAAUGGUUGCUUCAGUUACACAGUGCGAGAACCCCUGGGUGUGGUGGGGGGUAUAGGGGCAUGGAACUACCCACUCCAAAUGGCCUCUUGGAAGUCCAGCCCUGCUCUAGCGUGUGGUAACACCUUUGUGUUCAAACCUUCACCUUUGACCCCACUGACAGCAGUCAUGCUAGGAGAAGUCUACAAGGAAGCAGGGCUUCCAGAUGGCUGUUAUAACAUCAUACAGGGUGAGACAAAGACAGGACAAUUGCUAACGACCCAUCCUAACAUUGCCAAGAUGUCCUUCACUGGCAGUGUGCCAACUGGAAGUAAAAUAAUGGAGGCUUGUGCCAAGGAUAUAAAACAUGUGACUCUGGAACUGGGAGGAAAAUCCCCUUGUAUUAUUUUUGAAGAUUGUAACCUUGACAACGCAGUGACAGGAGCAAUGUUGGCCAACUUCCUAACACAAGGACAGGUAUGCUCUAAUGGGACACGAGUAUUUGUACACAAGAGCAUCAUGGGACCUUUCCUGGCUCAGCUAGUGGAGAGGACGAAGCGUAUGAAGAUUGGGGACCCCUACCUUGAGGAUACCACAGUGGGAGCAACCAUCAGCAAACAGCAGUUUGACAUCGUCAUGCGAUACAUUGAGUUGGCUAAAAAAGAGGGAGCCACUGUGAUGUGUGGUGGGGAGAGAGUCACCGUGGACCCCCAUCUCAGGGGCUACUUUGUCAGUCCCUGUAUCCUUGUCAACUGUGAGGAUCACAUGACCGUGGUGCGAGAGGAAGUGUUCGGCUCGGUCAUGUCCAUUCUGACCUUCGACUCAGAAGAAGAGGUCAUCAGACGAGCUAAUGAUUCAGAGCUAGGACUGGCUGGAGGAAUAUUUACAAGUAACCUCCAGAGGGCAUACCGAGUAGCUUCAGCUCUAGAGGCAGGCUCCCUCUACAUCAACAAUUACAAUGUUUACCCUGUGGGGGUCCCCUUUGGGGGGUACAAGAAAUCCGGACUGGGGAGAGAAAAUGGACCUGAUACAUUGGAUUACUACACACAAGUCAAGUCUGUCUAUGUGGAAAUGGGAGAUGUAGAGGCUCCAUUCUAGGGACAUCUUUUGAUAUUUUAGUCAGAAAAUCCUCGUUUCUGGAAAUUUAAAUUGAUUGCGCAGAUUUAACUGCCACAAGACUUGAUGAAUUCAACCGACUGAAUGAUUCCUUCAAACUCACUAGUGUUUGAUAAGUCACAUCACUAUUUUGAUAAAAGUGCAAUUUAAAAAAUAAGCUUAUAAAACAUACCUAUACUAUGGACCAAGUUUUAUUGGGAACAACUUAUUUUGUGAUUUUCAAGUCAGACUAACUGUCUUGCUUGCGAGUUCUAUAUUUAAGAUGUAUACAUUAAUUUACAGCAAAAAAUUGCACAUAUGUAUUGCUCCAAUACAUGCAUGCAAUUUCUUGUAUGUUACAUUUGAAAAUAGACUUAGAAAAGCUUCUGUAAUCUAAUUGUUUCAUUAAGGACCUAGAAUGCUUAAGUGAAUUGAACUGAAGCCAAUUCUGAGAAUGAAAUGACUGAUAAACAUGCAAUAAGAAAUAAAACUAAUUUAUGUCAAUC